UAUUAACCGACCCAUCCACUUUGCCACCUCUACCAAAUACUCCCCUAGUCAACUGCUCAUGGCUAACUGAAUACUACUAUUCAGGUCUUAUUUUUGCAGAUCUUCGAAACCCUCAAAAUGGAUUCAAAAUCGCUUGCGAAAUCAAAGAGAGCACACUCUCUGCAUCAUAGCAAAAAACAUCAUCAUCCAAAUCAAAAAUCCAAAGGUGCUACUACAGCGACAACUUCUGCUGGGGGGGCAUUAGCCCCCACAAACAAGGCACCUGCAACAGCUAAACAAAAACCUCUGCCCCCAUCUCAGACCCACCUCCCAUCUAAUUGGGACCGUUAUCAGGAAGAAGAAGAAGAAGAUCAAUCGAGUCAGCCGGGCGGUGUUGUUGUACCUCAAAGUAAAGGUGCAGACUAUGCUUACUUGCUUUCUGAGGCCAAGUCGCAGAAUUCGUCGAAAAUCUCUUCUGGGUUCUUUCCAUCUCUUGAUGAUUUUGUUUCUGACUUUGGUCAGGGAAAAGACUCCUUCUUUGCUGUUCGAGGUGAAAGCUUGCUAUCAUCAAUUCAAAAUGAUACCUUUUUUGUGGAAGAUAAGACGUCCGCUAACUACGAGUCCUCGUUUCUCUCGCUGAGUUUGCAUGAUCUUUCUGAACAACUCGCAAAAAUAGAUUUACCUUCAAGGCUUUUUAUGGAAGAGGAGUUGUUCCCUUUGGAGCUGCUUUCUGAAAGAAGUGAAGAACAACAAAACUCUAGCCAGAGUGUCGACAUCACCCACAAAGUCACAUCUCCCACCACCACCAAGAGCAACCGUCUAGUUAUUCAGGACGAUAUUGAUAGCACCAAUUUGAGACCAAUGGUGCAACCAAAUGAGAGCCAAUCAAAACUCAAAGCAGAAACAGCCGAAACUGAACUUGAUAUGCUUCUUGAUUCUUUUGCUGAUGCUAGCCUGAAAGAGAAUGCCUUAGCCUCCACCUCAACCUCAACCUCAAAAGGAAAAACAGUAGAUUUUGAUAUUGAUGGUACCCUCGAUGACCUGCUCAAAGAAACAUCUACUCCCUCUCUGAUCGAUCAAAACAGUGCAUCACCAACUCAUGAGGUCAAGUCCAAUCCUCUUGGUUCCAAGUCUGAAUUACUUGAUGACUUUGAUUCAUGGUUAGAUACAAUUUGAUUUUGUUUUGGAUCAAUAUAACUGAAUUUCUGAAAAAGAAAGAACUUGAUACACACUUGAUUGACUGGAUGGGUUUCUUUUUUAUUCAGCAAUGGAAUUGUUUAGUUGAUA